AAGGUUGUGUACGUGUGCUGUGUGCAAGUGUGCGUGAAAAUUCGUGGAUAAUUUUGACGAGAACGCUUUUCUCUCCGAGUUUUUCCCCAGAAAAUUGUGUUAAAAUGCAUGGAAAUGGUGAAAUGUGUUUGCUGUGAUGUGUACAAAAGGGUGCCGCAGUGUCCGGAAAAGUGAAUCGUGCGAAAGGAUCGUGUGGUGAUCGUCCAUCAGUGGAGAAGUGGCUGUGGUGGAGGUGUCUGUGACUGGAAGACACGUCUGGGAGACAAGGAUGGAGACUCCGUACACGGUGCAAGCGGAGUACUCCUUCAAGGGGUCCAACAAUGAUGAAUUGUGCUUCAAGAAGGGGGACAUUAUAACGGUGACUCAGCGCGAGGAGGGUGGCUGGUGGGAGGGUACCCUGGGCGACAAGACAGGGUGGUUUCCGAGCAAUUACGUCAAGGAGUACAAGACCCCAUUGCCCCCAGCUGAGACCAUUAGACCACCGGAGGAGAUUCAAGCGAGUCGUUCCCUCGUACUCAAUGAUCUGCUCGAGAGUGAAAGGGCUCACGUGGCGGAGAUUCGGGGACUCCUUGAGAAUUUCCUGGAGCCACUUAGUAACAGUCAAAUAUUAUCAUCCGACGAAUACGCUCAACUUAUGUGUAAUUUUGUAGAAAUUGUAGAAAUUCACGAGGAUCUUUUGUUAAACAUUGAAGACUGCAACGAUCGUGUUGGGAAAUUAUUUCUAUCGAAGGCAUCAGUGAUUAAGAAUAGCCAUCAGGCCUAUUGUGCGGCUCAUCCACGUGCCAUAGUUAUUUUGGAUAAAUAUAAAGAUGAUCUGGAGACUUUUAUGGAGCGCCAGGGAGCUGCCUCCCCGGGGCUCUUGGUCCUAACGACGGGCCUUUCGAAACCCUUUCGUCGCCUAGAGAAGUAUUCGGCAAUGCUGCAGGAGUUGGAGCGGCACAUGGAGAGUGGGCAUCCCGAUCGAGGGGAUACUCAACGCAGUGUGGCCGUUUACAAAGAUAUUGCCUCUACUUGUGCUGCAACACGAAGGCAGAAGGAGUUGGAACUGCAAGUGCUGACUGGUCCAGUACGAGGGUGGCAGGGACAGGAAUUGAGCACAAUGGGGGAUAUAAUUCACAUGGGAAGUGUUGCUGUUGGGCCUGAUCAUCGUGAUCGCUAUUUUGUCCUCUUCCCACAGACGCUGCUCAUUCUCAGUGUGAGCCAGAGGAUGAGUGCAUUUAUUUACGAGGGUAAAUUGCCUCUGACGAAUAUCGUGGUGAAACGCCUCGAAGAUUCGGGAACGAUAAAGAAUGCCUUUGAAUUGAGUGCACCCCUAAUUGAGCGAAUUGUGGCUGUGUGUCAGGGGCCAUCGGAGGCAAACAAAUGGGUUGAUCUUCUAUCGCCAUUCUCCAAUUCCCUCCGGCGACCGGGUGUGGAUCUCAAGAGAACAAUUGGAAGCAAUUCAUCUGUAAAUGCUCCUCAUCCUCCGCCUCAUAAUGUCACACCACUCGACAUACGUGGGUAUUGCACAAGAAACUCGGUAAUUUCUUACAAUUUGGCACGUGUCGAUUACCAACCAACAUUCCCACCCAAAUCCUAUCCGCCAACAGCGCCCUAUGCCCGUCUCAAUGAGCACUUUGCGCAGCACGUGAAGAAGGGCAAAUUGACGAGGUACCUCGUAAAAGCACUGCUCUAUCCGGAAUUUCGACGAGACUACGACACAUCCACCAUUGUCAUGCGGAGGCGACACAGAACGACAAUUAGGAUGCUGCGAAAAAAGUCCACGGGGAGUAGUGAGGAUAAGAAUAAUCUCUCACGUCAGGAUGCCUUUGAGUGUCUCUCGUCGUCGAGUGAGAGCUGUAGUACUGGGUCAACGGCCAGUAAUCCCUUUGGGCUCAUUCGGUACUUUACGGGGAAACGUCUGACGGACACAAGUCGCGAAAGGACGCACUAUGAGACGUUCAUUGAUCACGGCAUUGAAGCGGAUUGCACAAAAGACAUCUUCGACGAAGUGGAGAAGCGACGUCGUCCCGAAGAAAGGAAGUGCAGUGUGGUGGAAAUAAAGCGAAACAUCGAUGGAAAUGUUCAUAGUUGUUUGCUAAAGCAAUUUACGGAAUUGGAAGCGAUUGAUAUGGCACUGAGAGAUUCAUUGGUGGUGUGCUCAAAGCCACUGCGGAUGGCACAGCAGCUAUCAUCGUCGGGGGAGAGUGUGGUGCAUCUGUCGACGGCACGUCUCAAUUUGGGGGCUAUUAAGCAACAGUCGGAGGCAUCGGAAGUCUCCAGUUUCGAGCACGCACUCCCGAAUGGGCGGAUGGCGUGUGAGAAUUUGCUAAAAUUGGACGAUUCCAUGCCGCUGUGUAGCAAUCUCAAGCCCAGAAAUCCCAUUGAGGAGAGGCACAGUAUGCCAACACUUUUUGUUGGCAAUCGCUUCAAUAACUCCUCCCCCACGGAAAUCUACAUACCCUCGUGGCGCGAUCGCCAAACGGGUGGUGGGAUGGAGGAGACGCGGAUGAAGGCAAAACAUUCCACGUCAAUUGAAUUACCACAAGUAUCACUUGUGCAGCUGCCCGAUCAAGUGGCAGCGGAGAUUAUGUAUAAUCUCCAUGGUGAUGGUGAUAGUGGGGAGGUGAUAGUUAAGCCACCAAGUAUGUUUCGGGGUGGUUCGUGCGAUGGGGCAGCAGUAUUACUCAGUAGGGAGGUAUCACCCUUCGCGAAGCACUCAAUUAAUUCGGAUUUACGCAUGAGCGUGAACAAGGAGCGUCGGGAGCGUCGUUCGGUGCGUCGGUGUGUGAGUUCGCAUUUUGUGAGACUAACCAACAGUGAUACCCCCGCAGUACACCCGCAUGAGUGUGGAUGCAAGAAAAAUUCAACGCAUAGCCCACGAUCGAGUGAUUCCGGCAUGGCGGGUAGCUAUACGAUAGCACGAUCGCCGGAGCCACCAAAAACCAAAGGAUCGCACGAUGUUUGCGAUCGCCGGGAGUUGCGACAUUCACGAUCGAGUCACAAUCUCGGGCGAUAUCCACACGUGAGUGUUGCUGCUUCGAAGGUGGAGGAGGAUUUUACGGAUAGCGGGCAGUAUGGGGAUAGUGGUUUACUCAAGGAUGACGAAGUGAUGAAUUUUCUCGAACUAUCAACAAGUCGGGAGACUUUUGAGACUCAACUACGACGAUCACCAAUUCAACGAUCGCGAUCGUAUGACAAUCUACCCGUUCCGUUGGAGUUUACCGAUAGUACGAGUAGUGUUGUUGUUGUGCAAGUGCCAGAGGAUGGGGAAGAGAAGAAAAUCUUCCGGGCGGGCCUGUAUGCGCAUUGGUGGAAGAAGGAAAAAUUACCGAGCAACGUUCUGCGUGGGAUCGCGUGCGAUCGUCCCAAAGAAACUCACGGUGAUCAUGGUGAUCAUGUUGGUUUUGGUGGUGGCUCACACGGAGGGGCUUCAGAUGUCUCCGCCGCCGUCUCUUGGAGGAAGUCAUCAAAGUCGCGUCACAACGCCCAUUCACAUGUCUCAACACAAACGCAGUCACUCCUUCAAUCAUCAUCUAACGUUCAAUCAGCUGCAGAAGCAGCAACAGGCACAGCCGCAGCAUCCACAUCCAGCACCACCACUUCCGCCCAGUCAUCAUCCCAUUCAGCCAAAGGACAUCACCAAUCAGUCACUGGUGGUGCAAAACGAAAAGAGCGUCAACCCAAAAGCUAAUUGGAGCAUUACAAAUUUACGUCCAGCCCCUCCGUCGCGAAUGUCAGUUCAGGGUGGAAUUGUUGCCCCCCGGAAGGAUCCACCGACGUACGAGGAGGACGCUCUCGUGCUUAGGGUGAUUGAGAGCUACUGUGCCGCAUAUCAGAGCACCUCUCGCAACACAAUGCAUUCAG